AUGGAUCCGCCUCUGACCCCAACUCCCGGGAUGGGCGCGUCGCGACCGCCUCGUUCGUCCCAAUCCUCGGCGUCGAAUCCUAGAAAACACCCCCAGCAGAACGAUUCCCCACCUUCCGCUGAUAACAAGGCCGGCACCGGCCUAACGGGCAGUCGAGAUCAGGGACCCAGUCUGGCUGCCGCCCCCGAGACCGCACCUACAAACGAAACCCGCUCUGCGCCCCCCGCGCCGGACAGUGCUGGUAAACCGUCCAAGACCUCGAAACGGAAGAAGAACCGCAACCGCAAGCGUCGCGCUCGACACCAAUCGUUUCUCACUCCUGGUCCCGAAGAAUCCCAUGACACGCCUAGAUCUCCUCCGGCCACUGGUGGAGGCGCCAGAGAUUCGAUGGGGGGCGAUCGACCAGCAUCGAGAGAGAACCCGCCUUUUAUCAAGUUUAGAAGGAGUUUGAGCAAUACAAGUCUAGAGAGUGAUGCUUUGCUGGACCACCGGGACCAACCUAUGAUGCGGCCACGUCGAGACAGCCGCGCCGCAUCGUCAUUCCGCCCAAGCUCUUUACUGUCGAGCGCAUUUCGAGCCGGGGACCAGCGAUUUCGAAAUACUCCUGGCGGUGGACGGGUUCAACAACAUCAAGAGGGCGACAGUGAUGGAUCCGAGGCAAAUGACCGAACGCCAUUGAUACGUCCUUCUUCAGGACAUACAUCCAGCUUCGCCCGCUAUGGAACAGAUGCUCGAGCUAGUCCAUUUUCAUCCCGCCCGCGACGAGCUUCUGUUCAGACUACGUCCUCGCGGUGCUCCCCUCGAGGCAAUCACAGUCCAACUCAAACCCCCGACGCGGAGCGUGAUUACGAUGUUAACAAUCCGCCUUCAAUUCCCGGUUCCCCGAAACUGGGACCGGACAUGAACUACGACGAUGCUGUGAUGACUGGGGCCGAGUUUGACUUCUCGUUGGCCCAGUCCGUGGAGAAUCGGCGAGAGUCAUUGACCCGUUUGAAUGAAACGUUGAUUGACAUCGAUGGUGGUGCGCCGCUCCAACAUUCAGCGCCGUCGUCUCCCCAGUCCCCACAGUUGUCUUCGCAUGAAUUUCGACGACGCCGGACGGUGGCUUUACCAGUGGAGGAGGAUGUGUGCUUCCCCACUGAAGAGAUCUCCGAAUUGGGAGAUGAGGGACCGAGAGCGCCGCGAGAUGAAACCGGUGAACGCCGUCGACGUAGACAUCGGCAGUGGCCUGAUCUUUCCGUGCUGGAAGAGUGGAGUCGUGAGGAAAAGGAGGACCGCAACGGUGAUUUACGUGUCAAAAAGAUCAGUGAGCCGAUGUUCAUCGAGGGUCGACUGCGCCCUCAGUAUCAACUGUGGCGACGCGAGGAGGACGAUGCUCCUUACCGAUUCACCUAUUUCAACGAAGAAUUCCAGAGCACUAUCCAUGCUCAAACAAUCUCUGAACUAGUACAGCCUGGUGGCAAUUUCCGCGAUCUGUUCAUCCCUGAUCCCCCAGAGCUCGAGGAUUCUUCGGAUGACGAAGAUAUCGACUGCGACCAAUCCGCAACAGAUAAUACGGCUGCCGCCCAUUGGGGUCAUUUUCCUAACGGUGGUCGAGGACCGGGCCUUCAUCCCGAAAAUCCACACGCGGCCGGCAACCCCAACUCUAAUAAUGUUAAGAAUCACCAUGACUUGACUCCUCAAACCGCCAGUGGGGGUCUAGAGAACCCACGUUUAUCUGUCAUCAGCGAAGGGCUUUCGGGAUCCCACAGGGAGAUCUCGCCAUCGCAUUCGAAUCUCCCCUCAAAGCCUAAACGAUACGGCCCUCGGCCGACUUUUUGGCUGGACGUCCUUUCGCCCACAGAUGCUGAGAUGCGUGUGAUUGCUAAGGCAUUUGGUAUCCAUGCGCUGACCGCAGAGGAUAUCAUGAUGCAAGAGGCUCGGGAAAAGGUUGAGCUAUUCCGCAGCUACUAUUUUGUCAAUUACCGCACGUUCGAGCAAGACACCAACAACGAGAACUACCUCGAGCCGGUCAACAUGUAUGUGGUGGUCUUCCGUGAAGGCGUGUUGUCCUUCCAUUUCUCACAGACGCCACACCCGGCCAACGUGCGACGGCGGAUCCGGCAGUUGAUGGACUACCUAAUUUUGAGCUCAGAUUGGAUCUCUUACGCUCUGAUUGAUGACAUCACCGAUGUCUUCGGUCCGCUCAUCCAGGCCAUUGAGGACGAGGUCGACGAAAUCGACGAAAUGAUCAUGCAAAUGCACUCGUCGAGCAAAGAGGCUUCUUCCAACGACAAUGUACUCCCCUCAUUUGCACCCGGGGAAAUGCUCCGGCGCACAGGGGAAUGCCGCAAGAAAGUUAUGGGUCUAUACCGGCUGCUCAGCAACAAGGCAGAUGUGGUCAAAGGCUUUGCUAAGCGGUGUAAUGAGCAAUGGGAAGUGGCACCCAAGUCGGAAAUUGGCUUGUACCUGGGUGAUAUUCAGGACCACAUCAUGACGAUGACUGGCAACUUGGCGCACUACGAAACGAUCCUCUCCCGUGCUCAUUCCAACUAUCUGGCACAGAUCAACAUCUUGAUGAAUGAGCGUCAGGAGCAGACGGCCGAUGUUUUGGGUAAGCUGACUGUACUUGGUACGAUUGUCCUGCCCAUGAACAUCAUCUGCGGUAUGUGGGGAAUGAACGUCAAGGUGCCGGGUCAGGAUAUUGAGAAUCUAUCGUGGUUCUGGUCGAUCACGGCCGGGUUGUUUGUGUUCGCUUUUGUCUCGUUCGUGAUUGCCAAACGAGUGUAUAAAAUCGUCUAA